AGGACCAAACAUAUUUUAUUCUCUUUAUAGCAUAUAAUUCUGACCAACUUCUCACAACAAUGACCUCUAACUGGUUGGGUCAUUUUUUGUUAGGUCCAAAACGUACUGAGGGGAAGUUAAUUGAGUAUGAGUGUGCCCAUCGAUCUUUGGAGGAUUUUGAGUCGUUCCCCGAAGUGGCAACAACUCAACAAUCCCGACGGCGGAUCGUUCCGGAAAAGAUCCACCGUCGACGCCGAGGUUGAGGUCGACGAGACUAUCGGUUCUAGCGAUCAAAUCCCUCCCUUCAACGUUGCGGAUUCCGAUGCCGAUCGGGCAAUGAUUGAACAACUUCGGGCGUUCAAUCUCCAAGAACAAGAGAGGUUGAAGCUAAAGGAGAAGGAGUUGAAGCUAAAGGAGCAGGAGGCUGAGAUGAAAGUCAUGCAAACCGACCCCGGGACGUUGUCGGAGUUUGGACGAAUGAUCUAUGAGCAAAGAAUGAGAGAGAUCAAGGAGAAAUAUAAUUUACCUUAGUUUUUUUUUAUUAAUGUAUCGUUUUUUAAAUUAUUGACGCUUUUUUUAUUUAAUGAAUGUAUUUUUUUAUUAUUCGUGUUUCAAUUUAAUUAAAUAAUAAAUUAAUUACAUUUUAUUAAUUUAAUUUUAGAAGAUGUAUAUUUAAAAAUGUAAAAAAUGAAGGUUUGAAGCCCAG